GUGCAGCCACUGGUGACGAGAGUAGUGGCAUAUUUUCCGUUCGUACUGCUGCAGCAACGCUUGCCAAGUGAAAGCAGCGGACAACGGCCUGUCGCUUUAUUUCAGGAUACCCCAGGUGUUGUUUGCUCGCGGGGGUCAAGUUUAUUUGGUUGCCGCGGUUGCUGGCGCCCGAUCGGUUGCCAGGAGCACUCGGUGACAUAGUUUCAGUACGACAGCGCAGUUGACCCGAAACAAGACGCCAUUGUGGUAAUCCAGAUGAAAACAGUGAUCAGCUGUCGUCCAGAAGUAAUGAUCGCUGGCCUUAGGUCGAAAUUUCAGAGUUUUGGCCUCACUACUAGUUCUGGAAGUUCCAAGAGCCUGAAGAAGAGUAAAAAAAUAGAGGAGCAGCCUAGAAGACUCGCGGAAACAAUCUUCGCAUAGGCUUGGUUUCGUGUCGGAACGUUCGAACUGUGACGCGACCGCUUUUGUGUUCCAGAAUUUUGACUGUUCACUUGCAAACUCGGGACAAUGAAGCUUUUGGAAAGCAGCCGCUUCGAGGCCAUCAACUCUGCGUUGUGCUUCGAGACUGGCGAUUGCAAGAUUGUUGGCAGGAUUGAGAGCUACUCCUGCAAGAUGGUGGGAAGUGAUAAACGGCUGUUCAAGACUAUGAAUGCUGAAGCAGGUGGUGGACCCAAUGACUUGCAAGCGCUAUCACCACCGCAAAGUGUACUGAUCUCGCAGAGCCCAAGUAGGCUUUACAGUCGAAGCCAGAGUGAUGAUGGAGAGUGCCACUUGUGUGACACUAUUAGUCGCAAGACUUUGUUUCACUUGAUUGGUACAUUGAAUGCAUCGUUCCAUCCAGACUAUGAUUUCAGCCAGGCCAAGAGUGACGAAUUCAGCCGUGAGCCCAGUGUGGAUUGGGUGAUGAACACUGUGGACAGCAACUUGUUUGCAACAGCUAACCAAGCAUACAGUGCACUCCGAAGCCACCUGUGGGCAGCUGUGGACAAUGAAAUCUCACUGCAUGAAUGCGAGAUCUUCAGUUACAACCCAGAUCUGGCCUCAGAUCCUUAUGGAGAAGAUGGUUGCCUGUGGUCAUUCAAUUAUUUCUUCUACAACCGCCGGCUCAAGCGUAUUGUCUUCUUCACCUGCCGGGCAGUCAGUGCAAACAGCUUUGAGUAUGGCCGAGAUGACCUGGAACUGGAAAUGAACAUGGAGUUGGAAGAAGAGAGCAUGGCCCACACCAGCAGAGCCACACAAGAGGCAUUUUAAGAGUAUGCCUCAAGAAUGGUGGAUCACCUCAACAGCAAGAAUCCAUGCAACUUGUAACAGGCACAUCACCGGAAUCUCCCGUCCGCUCUUUGCACCUGCUCAUUCAGUACAUUCACUACAUUUUCCACAUUAGCGCACAAGUCAUGCAAUUGGCUGAUCACAGCGUACGCUAAAAAAUUUGUAUAUAAAAUUACAUUGUCUACACAUCAAACAUGCGCCAACUUUUAACUGUACAGUGAAGGAUUUUAGACAAAAAUCUUGCUUUAUUGCCCGGUUAAACUAACAGUACCUGCCUUUACUAAAACAUCCCUUGCCUUUGUGUUGCACUUCAUAUCUUUUCUCUGUUACUCAUUGCAUUCGUAUAGUACAGGAUACUAGAAUGAGCACUGUCAAACAACGCCAGGAUUACGAUAAACUGCAGCUGCUCAAAUAUGACCAUGUUUUGAAAAAAAUUAAAUAUCUUGCAAUGAAUUUGGUAGUGAUCUCUACUUAUUGGACUGAUCUAGACUAUACCUAAGCAAUAAGCUGUAAUAGGCUAAAGUUUUUUUCUUGUGUUUGCUUUCUAUUUCUGUAUUUUUGUCUGGUAGGAGAUUGCUUUGCCUUAGUCAAACAUUUUUUUUUCUUUGUGGUGUUUACAUAACUGCAGUUACGUCCUUGGUCUUAUGCUGAAGCAGUUGCAGCAAUAUUGUGCAACAGGAGUCUUAGGCAUGUCAGAAGGUGGCUGUUUGUAAAAAGACAUUGCAUUUUUUUCUGCAUAGCCAAAUUAUUUAUGCUGAUCUUUGUUUGUACACGUAGCCAGUUGCCAGUACAAACUGUAGUAGCCAUUUAUUGUGUGUUCUUUGUAGUUUUUUUUCCUUCAUUGGCUGCAUAGCUGCCAAGUCUCUUGGUCUAUGCUACCUGUUUAGUGUGUGAAAAGCAAGAUGCUAUAUGCAGUUUCUAAGCUUUCUUUUUAAUGUAUAUUUUAGUUAUUUAAUUCAGAAAUAAAGAAAUCAAACGAU